GGUUACAGGGAGCCUAUCCACGUUUGAGCAGCAGCAGCAUCAACGCACUGUCAUCCUGUGGACAAAAUUCAAGCUGGGGAUAUAGUGAAAGCCAUAUCCAUAAUUACGGUGAGAUGAUGCUGUUACCUUUACUAAAAUGAAACUCAGCUAAUUAGUUAUAAUUAGCCUACAUUGGCCUACCCCGUUGUUAGAUGAAUCUGGAUGUGCGUGCCUCCCAAAAGAUCUUGCACACUGGCCACGAUUUAGGAAGUGAAAGUCAUCUCGUGUUUUAUUGAAAUGUAUUUAUGCGUCGAUGCAGACUGAAAUUGUGGAUAUUUCUUAUAGCCUAUUUAACGUGACAGUAUCCUAUCUAACAUUAUAUACAAGUCAUCCCUCAACCCUGCGUAAAAACGCAGUCACGACAAUUUCAUAUCUCUUCAAAUGAAGAGAUUGGAACUGCGUUUGGUUUUAAAUCCUUUAUUUGACCGAAAAUAUGUUGAAUAUUGAAUUUAGAUAAUUAAACAAUUGAGCUAAUUGCUUUAGUUCAGUUAUAAAAGACGCGCUGUUUUUGUUGUACUGCAUUAAAUAUUGAAUUAUUGGCUACUCCGAAAUAAAUUAUAUUGCUAGCAUACUAUACUAAUUUCGCAGUCGUAUCGCGCGUGAAUGGAGACAUUUGUUAUAAUUUUGCCAUUGUCCUUCACAUAGGCGAUUCAUCGUGAUUGUGUUGGCGAGAGGGAUGGUAAGGGGUGAUUCCAUGUCGACUGAAUGCCAACCGUCCGUAAUGCAUGUUAUUGGCAGACCAUUUCUGACAUAAUAAACGGACAUGUGUGACCAUCAUCUUGAGGUCGAAUGAAAGCCGCCCUACUUUUGGCAAGACGUGCAUGCUUUAUCUAUAACGACCUUGUCUCAGACAGGCGCCAUUUGUUGCUGAUGCUCAACGGGUUUACUAUUUCCCUUAACAAAUACAUAUUUCCUUAACCAUUAAAAUAAACAUGCCUGCACACACCAAUUAGCAUAGAUAUAGUGUCUGCAGAUUUAGAUUUUUUGGAGAACAUGGUCACAGCUUGCAGAGGCGUCAUGCCCAGUGACACGUGCCCCCUCAGGUUUGUAAAAAAAUUAAAUAUUUUUUAUUUUAAUUUUUUUCGCUGUAAUACUACUAGCCACUUACCAAUUUUAUGAAGUUGGCUUUAUCGAGCCCAGAUAGGUUCCCAAUCUCUCAUAACUAGCUGCCAAGAAGCCAUUGCAGGCUAUAUAUCAAGUUAGAGUAGCUAGCUUGUCUAACUAUCUUAGCUGGUAUGCCUGCUGGCAAGGUUGGUAGACUUUAGAAAAGCAAGCAAUAACUAAAUGUACUGAAUAAGACUCACCCAGGCUACCCAUUGAACUCGUCAAGGGGACAUUGGACUGUUGGACUGACAGUCACAGGGCCUCUGGUUCAGGUCCUGGUCGGGGCUACCCCCUUGAAUUUGUCACAUAUUUUAUACCUUUAUUUAACUAGGCAAGUCAGUUAAGAACACAUUCUUAUUUACAAUGACGGCCUACACCGGCCAAACCCAGACGACGCUGGGCCAAUUGUGCGCCGCCCUAUGGGACUCCCAAUCACGGCCGGUUGUGAUACAGCCUGGAAUCAAACCAGGGGGUCUGAAAUGAUGCCUCAAGCACUGAGAUGCAGUGCCUUAGACCACUGCACCACUCGGGAGCCCAGUGCAGCCAUUAAGAGUGUUCUAUGGCGUGAGGGAAUCGCUAGAGUAAAGUACUGGGACGCCAGGAGAGCGGGGUUUGCAUUUUAGGACCAAUAUGUAUUAAAGUGAGUCUUGUCCCCAUCUCUGACCCCACAUGUGUAACCGUGUGGACGUUACUGACUAAAAUAUAGCAUAUCUGGUGUGUGUAUUUACAACGACAGUGUUUUUCUAAAUAGAUGAAUGUGUUGUCAUUGCUGUACCCAGUUUCAUCCUCACUCUUGCUGCUUUUGGCAGGCACCUCUUAGUCUAAUGGGUCACCCAGUGGCCCUUUAAUCAUUUUGUCUGCCACCCUGUUGUCAGGAAGGAAUCCCCUGAAGAAUGCUCUUGCUCUUGCUCUCACUUUCACUCUCGCUCUCACUCUCUCUCUCUCAAUUUCUAUCUCCUUUUUUCUCAAUUUCUCUCUUCCAUUCUGUCUGUGGAUUGUAUUGUGUCCUGUCUCACUUCCUUUGCUUUCUUCCUUCCCCUCACUAUCACUCUCUAUGUUUCUCUCCCCUCCCAUCUGAUCACAGUCUCGAACCUCCCAAAGCUUUGAAAUCAAUCUGAUUCUCUGAACACAGUCUCGAUGCAAAAAGUUAAUCCUCUCACUCCUGUGCUAUUGUUUUCCCUUCAUAUAAUCCCAACACAUGACAUGAGAGGAUUAAUAAUCCUCAUUUGCCAGUUAAAGGAGUCACCGCUUUAAACACCCCAAUAUGGCAUUCUAGGUAAAGAAGAGCAUUAGAGCUUAUCUCUAGUCCUUGUCAAAGAUUAAGUGGGCAGCUGUUUCAACAAAAUACAUAUAGUUACUGGGUGUCAGCCUUGUACAAUGGGCUUUUGGUAUUUUGCUGUCAAGGAAAAUGUGGCCACUUCCAUAGAUUGAGAUAAUAAUUAAUUGUAAAAAGCAGAAAGAUCAAAUCACAAGGACAUACAGCCCAUCCCCCUGGGCAGUCAGUUCGAAACUUUGAAUUUGAAGCUCAGUUACAUUUUGACCCACCCAUUUGAUUCUGUAAAAAAUGUAGAUUCUUGUAUCAACACAUCUCUUCAUCAUUGUCUUACAAAAUCCAAUGCUAUACUAAUAAAUGCUAUAUUUAUUUGUUUCACAUUUACAGAAAGAGACCAUUGUAGGUUUACCGCUUUGAUAGGCAGACGUACUGUAGAUAAAAUGCUCCCAAACAAUAUUGUUAUCGUGAUGUUGAUUGUAUCAAAAUAUUCCCACCUUCUCUAAUGGUGGCAACCAUUUAAAAUCUGACUUUGCUGUAGUCAGGUUUUUGGGGAACAGGAAACUAGCUCUCAGUGCAUAUAGUAUAUGGCUUAAAAAUGUUAGAUCAUGUGAUGUGUUGUGGUCCCUAUACACGCCUGCAUCUUAACAUGUGAGAGAGGCAAUUUUCAAAUAAAGCAGUAUAAGUCAAAAGCAACAUUAUUUGUGCAUUGCAAUAAUGCACACUUGGAUUUAUACUCUUACUUUCUAUUAUUUCAAAUGUCCUUUCCAUACGUUUGGAAAAAUAUUGUUUUUGACUUAUCCAUGAAUGCACAGUCCACUAGGAAUAGCUGCUACCCUUCUCAGUUUGUCCCUGCUAUAGUUUCCCUGGUGUUGAGUUGUUAUCAGAUGGACACCAGAAACAAAAUGUCAACAGGAGAACAGUAAGCUAUUCCUAAUCAGUUUAGAGAGUGCAAAUUGAGAUAAGAUGCUCCUUGGCAACUGCUUAGAAAUACGCUCCCCCUAGCAACAGGAACGGGCACUGUGCUCACUCAUUUAUUUAGCAUUAUAGAGAUGGAAUGCUACUUGAAGGGGCAAUCUGGGAUAAAAAAACAACAACAAAUUGCUACCCCGCCACUUGUUUUGAUAAAGAGCUGAGGGAUGGAGCUAUGGAUGCAAGGACUCCAUUAGAUCACAAUUAUGGUUUCAAACAUGUUUUGAAACUACAGUAUUUGUUUACAAUUAUAUUGACUCCAACCCUGAUUCUGAAGUAUGGUCCAUGUGACUAACAAUGUGUUUGCGCUUUCCCUCUGUAGAGGAGCUGUCCAUCACAGAGCGGGCCCUGUGAUACAAUCAAGCUCAACUCUCCACCACCCUGUUGAGGGUAAACUGGAACACUACACGACAUAAACACUCCCCAGAGAUUCCUUAGCUCCAACCUACUUUUCAGGUGAUAAACCCCUGCCUUUGAGAUUCCUCGACCCUUCAAUAAUGGAGGACGGCUACCAGAACAAGACAGCCUUUAUAAAGGGUGCCAAAGACAUUGCCAAAGAGGUCAAGCGCCAGGCGGCCAAGAAAGUGGGCCGCGGUGUGGACAAGAUGACCGACGAGUACAGCAAACGCUCCUAUGCCCGCUUUGAGGAAGACGACGACGAUGACUACCCUGGAGUGCCUGGGGGGCAGGACGGUGGCUACUACCGGGGCGACAGCCAGGCAGCCAAUGACGAUGAAGGUGGCCACAGCGACUCCACAGAGGGCCACGACGAAGACGACGAGAUCUACGAGGGCGAGUACCAGGGCAUUCCUCGCACUGAUUCGGGCAAGGCUGCUGACGGCCUAGCAGGGGGAGAUGGGCAGCAGUUCAGGGACAUGGCACAGUUGGAGGGGGAGCGGCGGAAGGACCAAGAAGAGCUAGCCCAGCAGUACGAGACCAUCCUGCAGGAGUGCGGCCAUGGGAAGUUCCAGUGGACCCUCUACUUUGUGCUGGGGCUGGCCCUCAUGGCGGAUGGUGUGGAGAUCUUUGUGGUGGGCUUUGUGCUCCCCAGUGCUGAGAAGGAUAUGUGUCUGUCAGAGGAAAGCAAGGGCAUGUUGGGUAAGUGUGACCCUUAAACUGUGUAUUUUUCAUUGAUUUUAUUGAUUUACAUGCUAGGUAAGUGAGCCCUUAAAUUUUUUGGAGCAUGUUGGAUACUGUUUUUCUCCGAUCAAAUGUCAAAUGUGGGGGGUUUUAUCGGCCCCAAUGCAAAUUCAAUGAAACCCUGUCGUUCUGCUGUAAAUUCACAUCUUAUGUCUUUGAUAGACAAUCAAAUUAUGCUCUACAGCUUGCUUUGAUCUUGUCUCUCCGACACAUCUAUGUCUGUCUCCUGACACGUUCCCUCCUCUUCCGCUGACGCAGAGAGUUCAUUCUCACAUAAAGGGGAAAACCAUCUAUAAAUAGCCUCCUCCAUCCCACACCUCCCCCUUUCACUACCCCUGAGCUUUGUGUGUGUGUGUGUGUGUAUAUCUGUCUGUUUGUGUGUCUGUGAGUGUGUGACGGUGUCAGCCCACACACACACCUAACUGCAUGUUUACACAAUGCCAUUGGCAGCAAGCACAAAUGCAAGUUGUUGUUUUUUUUUUUUUUUUACAUUGCAAGACAGUCAUGUAUGUGAGUUUUGAUAACAAAGUAUCAAGAUGCGAGGGAUUUACCGUAGAACGUGGUGGAUUUUUUAAAAUUCACAUCAGAGACGAUACAAAAACAAAACACACAUGGGUCGUUCCAUGUCAUUUCAGCAAGCCAUGACAACCACCAUCUCAGAUUGUUCUGAAAUCGUUUCUGUAGUUUGAUUAAGCUAAUUGAUUGCACCCAAAUUGGCCAUUUUAAUUUAUAGGAUUCAUAUAAUAUAAACUUUUGACCAUUUAUUUAGAUUCCUCAUGUCUAACUCGUUGUUAGAAAAAAGUUUGGUCCAAAUCGGAUGUUAGUUACUAUAUUUAUUAAAUAUUAUAUGAAUCCUAUAAAUUAAUUAAAUGGCCAAUUUGCGUGCAUUCAAUUAGCUUAACAUCUCAGAGGUCAAAUUAUAUUUCAACAAAAUAACGUUGCAGGAAUGCUAAUCUUAUCAGUUUCUAAACAGAAACGAUUUCAGAGCUGUCAGUGUAGCUGUAGGUGGGUGUGGUGGUGGAAUCAGGCGCAGGACGCACAAAGUAAGUCCAAAAGACUUUAGUUGUUGCAAACAAAACACAGCACGAAAACAAAUGCCCAGAGGCGAGAAACUCCGCACGCAGGCGAAAUAAAGCGGGCGCACAAGAUACGCGCAACAAAAUACUCCAAUACACAGAAAUGGAGAGCAGCUCAACCGAGCAAACUGUAUAAUCAAUAGCUAAACGCACGACAGUGAAAAACAAUCACACACAACACUAGACAAACACAACGAGAACUUAUAGGACACUAAUUACACUAAACGAUAACAGGUGUACAACAAUCAGACAAAAGCAAACGAACAUAGAAACAUGCAACGGUGGCAGCUAGUAUUCCGGAGACGACGAACGCCGAAGCCUGCCCGAGCAAGGAAGAGAGGCAGCCUCGGCCGAAACCGUGACAAGAGCAAUCUGAGAUGGUGGGUGUCGAAAUCCUCUUUCUUGUGCUUUAUGAGGUGGAACGACCCACGUGUUAUGCCGAAGUUUAACAAAUAAAGCAGCUCUAUGCACAGGUCUGACCGAAACAUGUAUCUCUCUCAUUGUCUUUCUCCAUCCUCUGCAGGUCUGAUCGUUUAUCUGGGAAUGAUGGUCGGGGCAUUUGUGUGGGGUGGGCUCGCUGACCGGAUCGGCCGACGGCAGUCCCUUCUUAUCUGUCUCUCCAUCAACAGCGUAUUCUCCUUCUUCUCCUCCUUUGUUCAGGGUUACAGCACCUUUCUCUUCUGCCGACUACUUUCUGGUGUUGGGUAAGAUUCUGAAAACUGAUGGAUGGUGAAUGAUAGAUAGAGACAGAGUGACAAACAGACGCAGGUGGGCUUAAGGGCUUUUUUUAUAGAGUUACAGUUCCUUCAGAAAGUAUUCAUACCCCUUGACUUUUUCCAAAUGUUGUUGUGUUACAGCCUGAAUUUAAAAUGGAUUAAAUUGAGAUUUUGUGUCACUGGCCUACACACAAUAGCCCAUAAUGUCAAAGUGGAAUUAUGUUUUUAGACAUUUUUUAAAACAAAUUAAUAGAAAAUGAAAAGCUGAAAUGUCUUGAGUCAAUAAGUAUUCAACCCCUUUGUUAUUGCAUGCCUCAAUAAAUUCAGGAGUAAACAUUUUCUUAACAAGUCACAUAAGUUGCAUGGACGCAAUAAUAGUGUUUAACAUGAUUUUUGAAUGACUAACUCAUCUCUGUACCCCACACAUACAAUUAUCUGUAAUGUCGCUCAGUCAAGCAGUGAAUUCCAAACACAGAUUCAACCACAAAGACCAGGGAGGUUUUUCAAUGCCUCGCAAAGAAGGGCACCUAUUGGUAGAUGGGUAAAAAAAAGUAGACAUUGAAUAUCCCUUUGAGCAUGGUACAGUUAUUAAUUACACUUUGGAUGGUGUAUCAAUACACCCUGUCACUACAAAGAUACAGGUGUCCUUCCUAACUCAGUUGCCGAAGAGUUAGGAAACCGCUCAGGAAUUUCACCAUGAGACCGAUGGUGACUUUAAAACAGUUACAGAGUUUAAAGGCUGUGAUAGCAGAAAACUGAGGAUGGAUCAACAACAUUGUAGCUACUCCACAAUACUAACCUAAAUGACAGAGUGAAAAGAAGGAAGCCUGUACAGAAUAAAAAUAUUUAAAAACAUGCAUCCUGUUUGCAAUAUGGCGCUAAAGUAAAACUGCAAAAAAUGUGGCAAAGAAAUGAACUUUAUGUCCUGAAUACAAAGUGUUAUGUUUGGGGCAAAUCCAACACAACACAUCACUGAGUAUCACUCUUCAUAUUUUGAAGCAUGGUAGUGGCUGCAUCAUGUUAUGGGUAUGCUUGUUUUUUUGGAUAAAAAUAAACAGAAUAGAGCUAAGCACAGGCAAAAUCCUAGAGGAAAAGCUGCUUCAAUCUGAUUUCCUACAAACACUGGGAGACACAUUCACCUUUCAGCAGGACAAUAACCUAAAACACAAGGACAGCUAUACACUGGAGUUGCUUACCAAGAUUACAUUGAAUGUUCCUGAGUUGCAUAGUUACAGUUUCGGCUUGAAAAUCUAUGGCAAGACUUGAAAAUGUCUAGCAAUGAUCAACAACCAACUUGACAGAGCUUGAAGAAUUUUUAAAAGAAUAACUUGCAAAUAUCAUAUAAUCCAGGUUUGCAAACUCUUAGAGAUUUACCCAGAAAGAAUGAGCUAUAAUCGCUGCCAAAGGUGAUUCUAACAUGUAUUGACUCAGGGGUGUGAAUACUUAUGUAAAUUAGAUAUUUCUGUUUCAUUUUCUCAAAAUUUGCAAACAUGUCUAAAAACAUGUUUUCACUUUGUCAUUAUGGGGCAUUGUGUAUACAGUGAGGGGAAAAAUUAUUUGAUCCCCUGCUGAUUUUGUACGUUUGCCCACUGACAAAGAAAUGAUCAGUCUAUAAUUUUAAUGGUAAGUUUAUUUGAACAGUGAGAGACAGAAUAACAACAAAAAAAUCAAGAAAAACGUAUGUCAAGAAUGUUAUAAAUUGAUUUGCAUUUUAAUGAGGGAAAUAAGUAUUUGACCCCCUCUCAAUCAGAAAAAUGUCUGGCUCUCAGGUGUCUUUUAUACAGGUAACGAGCUGAGAUUAGGAGCACACUCUUAAAGGGAGUGCUCCUAAUCUCAGCUUGUUACCUGUAUAAAAGACACCUGUCCACAGAAGCAAUCAAUCAAUCAGAUUCCAAACUCUCCACCUUGGCCAAGACCAAAGAGCUCUCCAAGGAUGUCAGGGACAAGAUUGUAGACCUACACAAGGCUGGAAUGGGCUACAAGACCAUUGCCAAGCAGCUUGGUGAGAAGGUGACAACAGUUGGUGCGAUUAUUCGCAAAUGGAAGAAACACAAAAGAACUGUCAAUCUCCCUCAGCCUGGGGCUCCAUGCAAGAUCUCACCUCGUGGAGUUGCAAUGAUCAUGAGAACGGUGAGGAAUCAGCCCAGAACUACACAGGAGGAUCUUGUCAAUGAUCUCAAGGCAGCUGGAACCACAGUCACCAAGAAAACAAUUGGUAACACACUACGCCGUGAAGGACUGAAAUCCUGCAGCGCCCGCAAGGUCCCCCUGCUCAAGAAAGCACAUAUACAUGCCCGUCUGAAGUUUUCCAGUGAACAUCUGAAUGAUUCAGUGGAGAACUGGGUGAAAGUGUUGUGGUCAGAUGAGACCAAAAUUGAGCUCUUUGGCAUCAACUCAACUCGCCGUGUUUGGAGGAGGAGGAAUGCUGCCUAUGACCCCAAGAACACCAUCCCCACCGUAAAACAUGGAGGUGGAAACAUUAUGCUUUGGGGGUGUUUUUCUGCUAAGGGGACAGGACAACUUCACUGCAUCAAAGGGACGAUGGACGGGGCCAUGUACCGUCAAAUCUUGGGUGAGAACCUUCCCUCAGCCAGGGCAUUGAAAAUGGGUCGUGGAUGGGUAUUCCAGCAUGACAAUGACCCAAAACACACGGCCAAGGCAACAAAGGAGUGGCUCAAGAAGAAGCACAUUAAGGUCCUGGAGUGGCCUAGCCAGUCUCCAGACCUUAAUUCCAUAGAACAUCUGUGGAGAGAGCUGAAGGUUUGAGUUGCCAAACAUCAGCCUUGAAACCUUAAUGACUUUGAGAAGAUCUGCAAAGAGGAGUGGGACAAAAUCCCUCCUGAGAUGUGUGCAAACCUGGUGGCCAACUACAAGAAACGUCUGACCUCUGUGAUUGCCAACAAGGGUUUUGCCACCAAGUACUAAGUCAUGUUUUGCAGAGGGGUCAAAUUCUUAUUUCCCUCAUUAAAAUGCAAAUCAAUUCAUAACAUUUUUUACAUACGUUUUUCUGGAUUAUUUUGUUGUUAUUCUGCCUCUCACUGUUCAAAUAAACCUACCAUUAAAAUUAUAGACUGAUCAUUUCUAUGUCAGUGGGCAAACGUACAAUAUCAGCAGGGGAUCAAAUACUUUUUCCCCUCACUGUAGAUGUUUGAGAUUUUUUUUGGGGGGGGAUUCAGGCUGUAUCACAACAAAAUGUGGAAUAAGUCAAGGGGUAUGAGUACUUUCUGAAGUCGCUGUUUAUAAUUAGGAGAGUUAGAUUUUCUUGGCUUUAAUGCUAAGAAUGACCUUUCAUCCAAAUAGCACCCUCUCGAAGCUAUAUAGCACUCCUACCACCAAAUAUUCUCUUCAAGUUUGAUUUAAUUUAACCUCCAGUGGUUUGUGUCUCUGUGCAAAUCCUUGCAGGAUCGGUGGUUCCAUCCCCAUUGUGUUCUCCUACUACUCAGAGUUUCUGGCCCAGGAGAAACGUGGGGAGCACCUCAGUUGGCUCUGCAUGUUCUGGAUGAUUGGUGGCAUCUAUGCCUCAGCCAUGGCAUGGGCCAUCAUCCCACACUAUGGUGAGUAGCCUAUGGCAGGAAUUCAAUCAUCACGGAUAUGGCCCCAAAAGCACUCGAAAUGUCUUACCACAAAGUUGUAUCUAGUGGUUACGCAGGGUUACAGUUUGUGCUUCAUCCCAUUUCUCUCUCUCUGCUCCUCGCCUCCCAGGCUGGAGUUUCCAGAUGGGGUCAGCGUACCAGUUCCACAGCUGGCGUGUGUUCGUCCUGGUGUGUGCAUUUCCCUCUGUUGCGGCUAUUGCUUCUCUCACCACCAUGCCAGAAAGCCCUCGCUUCUUCUUAGAGGUAAGCAGGGGUCGCUUUCUCAUAAAUCCAUAUAGAAGCAGUUUACCCAAGUCCAAAUCUAACCUCAAUCAUUUGAAGCCUUAUAUAUCAUUACCUGAGUUGGCUAUUGAACAGCAGUAAAUAUAGCAGAUUAUACCUUUAAAGGUACAAUCUGGGAUUUUGUUAAUUUAGUAUUUUCAAUUCUUCAGAUUCUUCAGAUUUACAGUGCAUUUGGAAAGGAUUCCGACCCCUUGUCUUUUUCAACAUUUUGUUACGUUACAGCCUUAUUCUAAAAUGGAUUAAAUAAAAAAAAAUCCUCAUCAAUCUACACACAAUACCCCAUAAUGGCAAAGAAAUAACAGGUUUAUACACAUUUUCGCAAAUUUAUAAAAAAAAUAAAAAAAUCUUAUUUACAUAACUAUUCAGACCCUUUGCUAUGAGACUCGAAAUUGAGAUCAGGUGCAUCCUGUUUCCAUUGAUCAUCCUUGAGACGUUUCUACAUCUUGAUUGGAGUCCACCUGUGGUAAACUCAAUUGAUUGGACAUGAUUUGGAAAGGCACACACCUGUCUAUAUAAGGUCCCACAGUUGACAGUGCAUGUCAGAGCAAAAACCAAGCCAUGAGGUCGAAGGAAUUGUCCGUAGGAUUUUGUUGAGGCACAGAUCUGAGGAAGGGUACCAAAAAAUGUCUGCAGCAUUGAAGGUCCCCAAGAACACAGUGGCCUCCAUCAUUCUUAAAUGGAAGAAGUUUGGAACCACCAAGACUCUUCCUAGAGCUGGCCGCCCGGCCAAACUGAGCAAUCAGGGGAGAAGGGCCUUGGUCAGGGAGGUGACCAAGAACCCGAUGGUCACACUGACAGAGCUCCAAAGUUCCUCUGUGGAGAUGGGAGAACCUCCCAGAAGGACAACCAUCACUGCAGCACUCCACUAAUCAGGCCUUUAUGGUAGAGUGGCCAGAAGGAAACCACUUCUCAGUAAAAGGCACAUGACAGCUUGCUUGGAGAUUGCCAAAAGGCACCUAAAGGACUUUCAGAAACAAGAUUCUCUGGUCUGAUGAAACCAAGAUUGAACUCUUUGGCCUGAAUGCCAAGAGUCACAUCUGGAGGAAACCUGCCACCAUCCCUACGGUGAAGCAUGGUGGUGGCAGCAUCAUGCUGUGGGGAUGUUUUUCAGCGGCAGGGACUGGGAGACUAGUCAGGAUCGAGGGAAAUAUGAACGGAGCAAAGUACAGAGAGAUCCUUAAUGAAAACCUGCUCCAGAGCGAACAAGACCUCAGACUGGGGCGAAGGUUCACCUUCCAACAGGACAACGACCCUAAGCACACAGCCAAGACAACGCAGGAGUGGCUUCGGGACAAGUCUCUGAAUGUCCUUGAGUGGCCUAACCAGAGCCUGGACUUGAACCCAAUCGAACAUCUCUGGAGAGACCUGAAAAAAGCUGUGCAGUGACGCUCCCCAUCCAACCUGACAGAGCUUGAGAGGAUCUGCCAAGCUUGUAGCGUCAUACCCAAGAAGACUCGAGGCUGUAAAUGCGGCCUAAGGUGCUUCAACAAAGUACUGAGUAAACGGUCUGAAUACUUACGUAAAUUUAAUAUUUCCAAAUCAAAUAUUAUUUGCCACAAGCGCCGAAUACAACGGGUGUAGACAUUACCGUGAAAUGCUUACUUACAGCCCUUAACCAACAAUGCAUUUAUUUCUUAAUAAAACAUUUAAAUAACAACAACAAAAAAGUGUUGAGAAAAAAAUAGCAAAAAUAAAAUAGCAGUAGGGAGGCUAUAUACAGGGGGGUACCGGUGCAGAGUCAAUGUGUGGGGGCACCGGCUAGUUGAGGUAGUUGACGUAAUAUGUACAUGUGGGUAGAGUUAAAGUGACUAUGCAUAAAUAAUUAACAGAGUAGCAGCAGUGUAAAAAGAUGGGGUGGGGGUGCAAGUAGUCCGGGUAGCCAUGAUUAGCUGUUCAGGAGUCUUAUGGCUUGGGGGUAGAAGCUGUUGAUGGCAGGAAGCUUGGCCCCAGUGAUGUACUGGGCCGUACGCACUACCCUCUGUAGUGCCUUGCGAUCGGAGGCCGAGCAGUUGCCAUACCAGGCGGUGAUGCAACCAGUCAGGAUGGUGCAGCUGUAGAACCUUUUGAGGAUCUGAGGUCCCAUGCCAAAUCUUUUCAGUCUCCUGAGGGGGAAUAGGCUUUGUCGUGCCCUCUUCACGACUGUCUUGGUGUGUUUGGACCAUGAUAGUUCAUUGGUGAUGUGGACACCAAGGAACUUGAAGCUCUCAACCUGUUCCACUACAGCCCCGUCGAUGAGAAUGGGGGCGUCCUCUUUUUUUUCCUGUAGUCCACAAUCAUCUCCUUUGUCUUGGUCACGUUGAGGGAGAGGUUGUUAUGCUGGCACCACACGGCCAGGUCUCUGACCUCCUCCCUAUAGGCUGUCUCAUCGUUGUUGGUGAUCAGGCCUACCACUGUUGCGUCAUCGGCAAACUUAAUGAUGGUGUUGGAGUCGUGCCUGGCCAUGCAGUCAUGGGUGAACAGGGAGUACAGGAGGGGACUGAGCACGCACCCCUGAGGGGCCCCCCGUGUUGAGCAUCAGCGUGGCAGAUGUGUUUUUACCUACCCUUACCACCUGGGGGCAGCCCGUUAGGAAGUCCAGGAUCCAGUUGCAGAGGGAGGUGUUUAGUCCCAGGAUCCUUAGCUUAGUGAUGAGCUUUGAGGGCACUAUGGUGUUGAACGCUGAGCUGUAGUCAAUGAAUAGCAUUCUCACGUAGGUGUUCCUCUUGUCCAGGUGGGAAAGGGCAGUGUGGAGUGCAAUAAAGAUUGCAUCAUCUGUGGAUCUGUUGGGGCGGUAUGCAAAUUGGAGUGGGUCUAGGGAUAAUGGUGUUGAUGUGAGCCAUGACCAGCCUUUCAAAGCACUUCAUGGCUACAGACGUCAGUGCUACGGGUCGGUAGUCAUUUAGACAGGUUAUCUUAGUGUCCUUGGUCACGGGGACUAUGGUGGUCUGCUUGAAACAUGUUGGUAUUACAGACUCAGUCAGGGACAUGUUGAAAAUGUCGGUGAAGACACUUGCCAGUUGGUCAGCACAUGCUCGGAGUACACGUCCUGGUAAUCCGUCUGGCCCGCGGCCUUGUGAAUGUUGACCUGCUUAAAAGUCUUACUCACAUCGGCUAUGGAGAGCGUGAUCACAUAGUCAUCCGGAACAGCUGGUGCUCUCAUGCAUGCUUCGGUGUUGCUUGCCUCGAAGUGAGCAUAGAAGUGGUUUAGCUCGUCUGGUAGGCUUGUGUCACUUUGUAGUCUGUAAUAGUUUUCAAGCCCUGCCACGUCCGACAAGCGUAAGAGCCGGGGUUUAUGUUUGUUUUUUGCAAAGAUUUCUAUAAACCUGUUUUUGCUUUGUCAAUAUGGGGUCUUGUGUGUAGAUUGAUGAGGGGAAAAAACUAUUUAAUCCAUUGUAGAAUAAGGCUGUAACAUAACAAAAUGUGGAAAAAGUCAAGGGGUCUGAAUACUUUCCGAAUUCACUGUACACAUUGAUUCUUGAGCUUAGCACAACUGUCUUACUCUAGUAGCAUAAUCCAAAAUAUAAGGUUUUAUUACAAAUUCAUGGAAAUUAUAUUAAGGCACAUUACAGUACACCAUUAGACACUUCACAUGGACAUAAUGUGUCACAAUACUCGUAAUGUGUUUAAACUGCAAGUGUUUUUGAUGAAGUAUGCAAUCAUUUCCCAACAGAACGGCAAACACGACGAAGGCUGGAUGAUUCUGAAACAAGUUCACGACACCAACAUGAGAGCAAAGGGACACCCAGAGAAGGUGUUUUCUGUGAGUAUUUCUGAGACAAAGAUGUAAAGUCUUUGAAUUGAAGGUUUCUUCUGCAAAAAGUGUUUAUGAAGUUGUAUUGUCCUGUCUUAGCUGUUUGUUUUUGUGUAACCUCGUCCCCAGGCUGGAAGGUCUGAUGAGACUCUUAUUUGUCUAAUGCGUAUGCUAGGCAUACUAUGUUUUGUUAGUUAUUUUUUUUAUGGAGUUCUUCUGAUGUCAUCUAAUGUAUACAUGUACUGCAUACAAAUGAGUUGAAAAUGGAAGGUCUUAUUUUUCCCAGGUCACCACCAUCAAGACUGUAAAGCAGAUGGAUGAGCUGGUGGACAUGGGAGGAGAAAUAUCAACUUUGCGACGCUAUAAAUUGAAGCUGACUAGCCUAUUCCAACAGGUAAGCGUCGUUUAAGAUCCCUAUAAAGGUAUGAGAAUAUGAUUAUUUUAUGUGUAUAUAUGUUAUAUUUUAUACAGUAUAUGUUAAUUUACUGUAUGCAUGAGACUGCGUAGAUUAUGUGCGCCACUUAGCAGACGCUUUUAUCCAAAACGCCAAAGCCAGUGCAAGUGGGUUUUAUAGUGGGUUUUUGUGUUUUUAAACCGUGUCAGCAGUAAAACCUAGGUGCAUAUCUUAGUAAUUUUCUGUGGGUUGCUAUAGGUGCGGAGUAACUUCUUGGCCAUCUUCAAUCCAGAAUACAGAAGGACCACCUUCAUGAUGAUGGCUGUCUGGUUUACCAUGUCGUUCAGGUAACAGAACCAGGGCCAUGACCAUAGCUGUUAUCAGCGGCGUGUGCACAAACUGGUUAUUUUCUGAUCAAUCAAAAAGCUCAAGAAAUGUUUUGUCACAUCAAAUCUAAAAAGGUUAUUUAAAAAAUGGUGUCUUCUGCCAUCUUAACAGACUGGCCAUUGAGGUUCAAAUCAAAUCAAAUCAAAUUGUAUUGGCCACAUGCGCCGAAUACAACAGGUGCAGACAUUACAGUGAAAUGCUUACUUACAGCCCUUAACCAACAGUGCAUUUAUUUUUAAUAAAAAAGUAGAAUAAAACAAAAAAGUGUUGAGAAAAAAAAGAGCAGAAGUGAAAUAAAAUAACAGUAGGGAGGCUAUAUAUACAGGGGGGUACCGGUGCAGAGUCAAUGUGCGGGGGCACCGGCUAGUUGAGGUAGUUGGAGUAAUAUGUACAUGUGGGUAGAGUUAAAGUGACUAUGCAUAAAUAAUUAACAGAGUAGCAGCAGCGUAAAAAGAUGGGGGUGGGCAGUGCAAAUAGUCCGGGUAGCCAUGAUUAGCUGUUCAGGAGUCUUAUGGCUUGGGGUUAGAAGCUGUUGAGAAGUCUUUUGGACCUAGACUUGGCACUCCGGUACCGCUUGCCGUGCGGUAGCAGAGAGAACAGUCUAUGACUAGGGUGGCUGGAGUCUUUGACAAUUUUGAGGGCCUUCCUCUGACACCGCCUGGUAUAGAGGUCCUGGAUGGCAGGAAGCUUGGCCCCAGUGAUGUACUGGGCCGUACGCAAUAUCCUCUGUAGUGCCUUGCGGUCGGAGACCAAGCAGUUGCCAUACCAGGCGGUGAUGCAACCAGUCAGGAUGCUCUCGAUGGUGCAGCAGUAUAAUUUUUUGAGGAUCUGAGGACCCAUGCCAAAUCUUUUCAGUCUCCUGAGGGGGAAUAGGCUUUGUUGUGCCCUCUUCACGACUGUCUUGGUGUGUUUGGACCGUGAUAGUUCGUUGGUGAUGUGGACACCAAGGAACUUGAAGCUCUCAACCUGUUCCACUACAGCCCCGUCGAUGAGAAUGGGGUGUGCUCAGUCCUCUUUUUUUUCCUGUAGUCCACAAUCAUCUCCUUUGUCUUGGUCACGUUGAGAGAGAGGUUGUUAUUGAGGUUCAUAUUUAUCUCAACUGAUUUCAACAUAGUGAAAGUUUGGUUAAACUACAUUUGUAUUUUGCUUCUCCCCCAGCUACUAUGGGCUGACAGUGUGGUUCCCUGACAUGAUCAAAUACAUUCAGAAGCAGGAAUAUGCCUCACGCACCAAGUUCUUCACCAAGGAGCGAGUGGAGCAUGUCACUUUUAACUUUACCUUGGAGAACCAAGUGCACCGCCAAGGACAGUACUUCAACGACAAGUCAGUCCUCAUUAUAUUACACAGAACUUUGUGAAUUUGCAAAAUGCCAUUCUGUAUUUAAUCAGGAAUGGUUAAUUGUGCUGGUCUUAAUUUCACAACUAUGCAAUGGACACUAAUUGGUAGUGAACUCUAAUAAAGCUGGGCCGUUAAAUACAAGGUCUUUCUUACUUUUCAAUUGUCUGCUAGGUUCAUCAACCUUAAGAUGAAGUCCAUGGUGUUUGAGGACUCAGUUUUUGAGGAGUGCUACUUCGAGGACAUCACCUCUAGCAGAAGCUUCUUCAGAAACUGCACCUUUGUCUCAACCCUCUUUUACAAUACAGGUAAAGUCUCUCCCAAAACAAGAAGCAUAAACAAUAUAGAGUAGAUCUUACAAUAGUUAUGAGCUCAGUCCAUGUCUAGCAUUGAACAGGGCAGUAUCCUACCCUUGGUCCCUUCUUGACAACUCUCUUGCUUUCUUUUCUCUUGAAAGACUUCUUCCAGAACAGAAUCAUCAACAGCAAACUGGUAAACAGCACCUUCCUACACAACAAGGAAGGCUGUCUGCUGGACUUCACUGAUGACAACAACGCAUACAUGAUCUACUUUGUCAGUUUCCUGGGCACAUUGGCUGUGUUACCCGGCAACAUUGUGUCAGCCCUGCUGAUGGACAAAAUUGGGCGUCUGAGGAUGUUGGGUAUGUCAGGCCUUCAUUAAUGUGUUAUUAAUGCUUUAUACAACACUCAAAGAAAAUGUGCUUAUUUUGAGAUUAUACAUCUGAUGAUACAUGAACCAUGCAGGCCUUACUGCACCACAGUAUUUCAUGAUUAGCCUACUACAGAAAGAGCCCUUAUAUUUGUCUGAUUUUUUCCCCUCAAUCUCUUUUCCUACACAGCGGGAUCAAGUGUCAUAUCUUGUGUAAGCUGUUUCUUCCUGUCAUUCGGCAGUACCGAGUCGGGAAUGAUCGCCCUCUUAUGUCUCUUUGGCGGCAUCAGCAUAGCUUCCUGGAAUGCCCUGGAUGUGUUGACUGUAGAACUAUACCCAUCGGAUAAAAGGCAAGCUCAGCUACCUCACAUUUUGAAAGUGUUACAGCUCCUUCUUGCAUAGUGAAUAAAGGGGUAUUUUAUGCAAUUGGAUUUAUUGAAAACAUAUUUAAGUUUUCAUGUUAAGUUCUGAGAAGUUACCCUGCCAAUUUCCACUGUUUUCUUUUCUUUAGGACCACUGCAUUUGGCUUCUUAAAUGCCCUUUGCAAGCUGGCUGCUGUCCUGGGCAUAAGCAUCUUCCAGUCCUUCGUAGGCAUCACCAAGGCUGUGCCCAUCUUGUUCGCUGCAGGCGCACUCGCUGCCGGCAGUUUCCUGGCUCUAAAGCUGCCUGAAACACGGGGCCAGGUGCUGCAGUAGCACAAUUCACCACCAGAAGGCAGAAGAGUGUAGCUGCAGUGGCCACAUUGCAACCAGGGCCCGACCAACCAUACAAUCUCAGCCCUUAGCAAUCCAACAUUGCUCAUUAAACACCAAAAAACAGACUGUCAUCAACAGUAUCACAACAGUCCCAGAUUACUGAGAAAUUAUGAGGAUAGCAUCAUACUUAAAAUGCUGAUGUAACCCAUUUAGCCAGCACAGACUAGCUGACAUCUUCACCACAGCAUAAAAUAGCACAUUGGGUUUGCUUCUCAGAGACCCUUCAGAUUAGACGGAAUAUAUUCCUGCCAACAAAGAUACAAGUUUAUAAACCACUGCCAAAGGAUGUAAAGAUACUGCUUGAUAGCUACAAUGCUUAAUGGGGAUAAAUUGAUCAUAGAUACUUCCCAACAAAAGAGAUCAAACAUCUAGACACCCUCAAUUCAUCCUAGCAUCCAUAUCUGACCCUCAUGCCAUUCAAAUAAUCUGAGGUUACAGAUGCCCUCCAAUAGAUUUCCUCCUGAAAAUAGCUUUCACUUUAACUUAGCUUUCUACUGAAAAAGCAGAGCUCAAAUGAAUACUUGAAUAUUAAAUUUAUGUUUUUCAGCUUUGGCUGAUUUAUAAUAGUGGUUAAUCAUACUUCAAAGCGUCUUGUCCUUUGUAAUCUGAAUGGACUUGAUGAGUGAAAGCAGUAUUAUAGAAGCCCAUUGGUUGAUCAGCCUAUUGCUUGCAUCUUAUAUCCUGUGAGGAAGAGAGGACAGGAUCAUUGUCAUUUAAAUCUCUUAUUGGCUUCCUCUGAAAGAGAAUAUUACACACAAUAUUUCCCUUGCCAGGUGACAUGCACCAAGAUCCCUGCUUCAAAAUAAUGAUGUAGAUUAUUUGUUCAAACUUGGCAUUGAUACUAGUUAUUUUAUCAUAUAGAAAACAGACUGUACAUGUGUGUUGAAGGUAUAUUGUAAUUUAGCCGUCGCUCUUAUCCAGAGCGACUUA